UGUAUAUAAACAAAACCUGUCCGGCAAUGGCGUCUGCCAGGCAGCUCUUGUUGACUUGGCGGUCGUGAGAGGCAGGAUCGCUUAACAAAACAUUCUCGGGACAACUUUUUUUUCCUCGCCAGCCGAGCAACAGCAUGGCGGACCUAGAAUCUUCCAGUCGCGAGUUGCGGAAGUCGGCGGACCUGAGGAGGAUAUUGUUCAAAGAAGAGGAGCAGGCCAAAACGCGACACAUCCGUAAGCUGAUGAACAAGCCGGCCUGGGAGCGAAGUCCCGACGAAGAGUGCAUCUUGGAGAACUCGCGCGACCUGGUUCAACUCCUCCAGGAGAGGUCGCGUAAACGCCGGUGCAACGAGCAACGUCUACAGGAGGUGCAGGAUCCACCGGCAGUGCUGGCCGAAAAGUGCGAGGCGCUGGCAACGGCGAUUGCUGAGGCGCGCCAUCUGGUGGUGUACACGGGUGCCGGCAUCAGCACAGCAGCACGCAUUCCUGACUACAGGGGACCGGCGGGUGUCUGGACGCUGCUGCACAAGGGCUUGACACUUCCCGAGGUCCAGGACCUGAGCCAGGCUUGCCCGACCUUCACGCACAUGGCGCUGGCGCAGCUACAGCGCACGGGCCACGUCAAGCACGUCGUGUCGCAGAACUGCGACGGCCUGCACGUGCGGAGUGGCCUGACCCGCAAGCGCCUCUCCGAGGUGCACGGCAACAUGUUCCUCGAGGUGUGCCCGCGCUGCAAGCCGCUGCGGCAGUACUUCCGCCUCUUCGACGUCACCGAGCGGACCGCGCUGAGGCGGCACCGCACAGGCCGCCAGUGCCACGUCUGCUCCGCCGACCUGGUGGACACCAUCGUGCACUUCGGCGAGACGGGUCGGUUGCGCUGGCCGCUCAACUGGCAGGGCGCGGGACGCGCGGCCGACCGGUGCGACACCAUACUCUGCCUCGGCAGCAGCCUCAAGGUGCUUCGGAGGUACCGGUGCUUGUGGGGUCUUGACCGGCCUGUUCGCGAUCGGCCGAAGCUGUACAUCGUAAACCUACAGUGGACGCCGAAGGACGAAUCAGCUGCCCUCAAGAUCAAUGGCCGCUGCGACGACGUCAUGCGGGCUGUCAUGGAGCAUCUAAAGAUCUGCGUUCCCGAGUACGAGCGGCACAACGACCCGCUCUGGAAGCUGCACACGCCCGUGCGGCCCAAGGAGAUGCAGACAUUCACCCGGUUGCCCCUGGUCGUGGCCGAGGAACCCCCCCACCAAGACCACUGCUACGCGAUAUCAAUCAAAAAAGAAGACGACGAGGAUGGCAGCGAGAAUGGCAGUGAGGACGAGGACAAGCGGGGUAUCAUCAAGCAGGAAAGAGAAGAGGAGACAGUAGCGCAGGACGAGGAGGAGAACGAAGAGGAGGUCGACAAUGCGAAGAAACGACCCCGACUCAUUGGCUGGUACGGGAAAGGGUGCGCCAAGUGGCGUCGGAAACGUUAGCAGACGAGCUGCGUUGUGCUGGCCUGAAAAGGAUGGUAGCCCGCGUCAGUGGUCACCGGUUGUGAUUGUGGCGACAUUGGCCUCGUGCCGCGAGUACCCGUGCUCGACACCCGUGAACGGAAAAUGAAGUGCAGUUUCGCUGAGGCACUGCAUCGGACGACAACUGCCCCGUGAGAGGUUGCGCUGUGCGCUGCCACGUGACGUGUUCGUGCAAUCGUUCCGUGAACAGGAGAACAAACUGUGCUUGCGAAGUCGAGGUGCAACUCGAUUGUGUGGCUGGAGAGAGUGCAAGACGUUUUGGUUUUGAGGGUCUUCCCUGCGCCGUCUGCCAAUCGUGUGUUGAUAAACUGUGGUGCGCUUGCAGUAAUCGAGGCCAGUACAGAAGCCGGUGUGUGCAUCAUCUUUGAUAGCGUGGGUCAUUUUUUAUAUCAAAGAAGCUGAAAAAAGCAUACGAUUGUGAGCAGUGGGAAUAGAAUGUUUGCAGCAUUUUGCAUGAAAAUGUUGAAAAAUGAGUGUGAAAUUCUUUAAGUCGGCACGCAUUUCUGACACUGGGACUGGAAAAUGCUGGAUAUUCUUUCUGCAUUACUGCCGCUUUUGAGAUUCAAAUGUAUUUUCACAGAAAUGAGCAACUUGUAACCGUCUCCUGUACGGACAUGUUGAUGAAAAUUGAUCAGAGUAGCAGCUUCCAUCUAAGAGACGUCUUGUAAUUGAACUGUGCAAGACGUUUCGUAGACUAUUUCUUCAAGAGGUUUCGCAGAUGAGCUAUCUGGGAGGUAUCGUAAGCCAGCCGAGCUUCUGGGUGAUUCUCGUGAAGUGUUCCAAUGAGCUAGAAUUGUUUGAACCAUCAUCAAAGGAUUGUGUUUGUAGCCUUUCACUUGAGUGGAGUGGAACUCUUGCUACUGCAGGCUCUGAGAAUUAAGCUAGAGCUCUGUUUACACCUCACACUAAGUUGCUACAAUUGCAGACAUGAAGUGCCGAAGCAUGUUUACGGGCGGCGUUCAUUGUCCUUUCAAAUGUGUUUUGGAGAUGAGCUCCGGAAGAAGUCUCACAAUGAGCAAGACUUGUGUUUAAGCAAGUUGGUUCAUACUUGAUGCGGAACAAACGAGCGCUGUGGAACGGGUACAUAGACAAGAGGCACACAGGACAGGCGCUCGCAGGAUGAGCGCCUGUCCUGCGUGCCUCUUGUUUAUGUCCCCAUUCCGUAGUGCUCGUUUGUUCCGCAUCUCACAAUGGGCGUCGCGAGGUGUUUUAUAAAUGAGCUGAAAUUUUGGGGUAUUUAAUCGAGUCAAGAUUUUCGUUAGCUACAUUUGUACAAUUUAUUGUGUUUCGAACCUGUUAUGCAGACAGUUCUCCAAGAGUUUUCACAGAAGGACUCUACGAGACGUAUUGUAAAUCGCCCGAGGUCUUGGACAUAUUUUGUUACGUGAGGCUUCUCAUUAGCUGUGUUUGUACAGUUUACUUUAUGGUUGAGCUGUCAUUGGUUCAAGAAGACUGCAUUCUUGGCCUUUCAUUUAAAAUGGCUGAUCAGAGUGAAAACAUCUGUUACUUCUAAAGCCCACCUUUCAGAAACAAACUAGAGUUGUCUGGUACCCCUUUAAUAAAUUAGUACAAAAUGUGACAUGUAAUGAUUGUAGGCAUUUUACAGGUGGCGUUCAUUGUCUUUUGAAACCCGUUUUCUAGACGCGCUCUGAAAGAGGUCUUACAGAUGUGCUCUGCAAGACGUGUCCAAGACCGGCUGAUCUCUGAAGCCUGCCUUGUGGAGAGAUAAACUCAUUGGUUUUGCACACCAUUGUAAAUUAAUAUAAAUCGUGAAUUAAUGUAAUUAUUGGUGGCAUUGUCAUCUUGAACUUUCUAUUUGCAGAUGUAAUUAUUGGUGGCAUUGUCAUCUUGAACUUUCUAUUUGCAGACGAGUUCUGUAAAAGGUCUCGCAGAUGCCCUCCACAAGUGGUAUCGUAAACCAGCUGAGCUCAUCGGGAAUGUCAUGAUUGUUAACCAAGUUUAUACAGCUUAUUUUGACAAGCUUAAGCCGUCAUUGAUUCAGAAAGGCUGCAGUCUCGGCCUUUCGUUUGAAACGGCCAAUCAGAGCACAACGUCUGUUUCUUCUACAGCCUGCCAUUCUGAGCUAGAGUUGUCCUUCCUACGCCCUGUCGUAAAUUGAUAUCAAUUUCAACACAUAAUAAUCGCAGACAUGAAAUGCUGCAUCAUGUUUACAGGCGGCGUUCAUUGUCCUUUCGAAUUCGUUGGCCAUGCGAUGGAAAGGAGCUAGAAAAAGAAUCUGUUUCAAUGAAUGAAGGGUCUUUUUGCUUACAUUUUUUUUUAAGUGCAAGGCAUCUAAAUAGACCUUGAUGAUAGACUAAGGACCAAGGCACUACGUCAUUACGGGGGUGCCACCAACAAGAAAGUGCGAGGAACUGUGGCAGACACUGGCUGCUAACUAGACUUCGCAGUAGAUGCUCGAAUCUGUGAAUUACAGUUUCUGGGACAAUUUGUGAUGGUGCUCGAAAGAUUCCAUUAAAUGCAACAGCACACGGCUGUUCCACCGUUACUUCAACAGUGCAUUCGACAAAUGAUGCCAUUUGAACCGUGGCAACGACAGUGCUUUGGUGCAGUCCACAAACUGUUCAGAUGCAUAGGACGAUAAGAUGCUUGUGCUCAAGUGAUGUGUUUUGUGAUGCAACCUAUGUGGCCAGUGAAAUAGUCUUCCUGUGCAUUUUUUUACUGAAUCUGAAAUAUGCAACAAUGCAAAGACCUUCACAAAAUGCCAUGCGCUAAGCAACCCAGCUUUUGGACGGCGGUGAUGCUUCUAGUGACACUAAAAGUCUUUUCGUUGUUGCCUUAACUACACUGUUGUCAUCGCGGUAGUGUUUUUGUUUUCUUUUUUACCAUAGCCAUGUCAGCAUUGUGUAGACUGAGGCAAAUGCAAAAACCUUUAUUGCUGGUACCGGUGAUGUCACGCAGCCCUUUGAUUACUGGUGCAGCACUUUACCGCAGAGGGGUAAAGGUUUUUGCCAAGAUCAAAUCACCCCCGUAACUUUGACUCGCACCCAGUGACCGUAUGUCUCAUCAAACGAAGCCUCAUGGAGCUUUCUGUAUGGCGUGUGCUGCAGUUAACAAUGCAGUGCGUUAAUGCAAUUUCCUUUCCCAUGGUGCUCUGUCAAGAAUCCUUUGUAUUAUGUGGCGUGAGUGAUGUCAUACCUCAGUAAAAGGUCUGAAAGGUCUGGUACAA